CCUUCAGUAGUUAUCGUUAAUACAUGUCGACAAUUGGCUUCAAUAUGACCUUUUUUACAAACAAUCUUGUGUAUGAUAUAGUUGCGGUGUUUGCUCUAGUACUAAUCGCUGUAAGUACUUAUUUUAAAUGGCAUUUAUCGUAUUGGAAUCGUCUAGGAGUUCCAAGCCUCAAACCAGUUUUAUUUUUCGGAGAUACGAAAAAUCUUUUUCUUUCAAAAUGCACUAUUGGAGAACAAUUUAGAGAAUUUUAUAACAACUUUAAAUCAAAAGGUUACAAACACGGUGGAAUUUUCUUUGGGCCAAAACCUUUCUACAUACCAAUAGAUCUAGAAAUUAUCAAACAUAUUCUACAAAAAGAUUUUCAACAUUUCAUGGAUCAUGGAUUUUAUAUAAACGAGGAAGAUGAUCCUUUAAGUGCUCAUCUUCUAAAUUUGGAAGAUAUUAAAUGGAAAAACAUGAGAGCGAAACUAACUCCGACUUUUACUUCUGGAAAAAUGAAAAUAAUGUUUCAAACUUUAUCCGAUUGUACUAUUGGUUUAAUAAAAGUUAUGAACGAUUCAGCUAUAAAACAUACCUCUGUUGAUAUCAAAGAUGUUUUUGGUCGUUUCACAACAGAUAUCAUCGCGUCUGUUGCUUUUGGUCUAGAGUGUAACAGUCUCGAAAACCCUGACGCGGAAUUUAGAAGAUACGGUAGAAGAGUCUUCGAAAUUGGUUUCUUUGACAGAAUCAAAACUCUUUUAACAUUCGCCAUUCCUCACCCUGUCCUCCGAUUCUUCAGGUUUAAAUUUAACAAAUCUGACGUCGAAUUUUUUUUUAUAAAAGCCAUUAGUGAAACAGUCAACUACCGAGAAGCCAACAACAUAUAUCGCAAAGAUUUUAUGCAUUUGUUGUUACAAUUGAAAAACCACGGUUCUGUCACAGAUGAUGAAAAUAUAACUAGUGACAAAGAUAAUGAGACAAAAGCUCUAACUUUGAACGAACUCGCAGCACAAGCUUUUGUUUUCUUCUUAGCCGGAUUUGAGACAUCAUCGACGGCAAUGACUUGGGCGUUGUACGAAUUGGCGAUGAAUCAAGAGAUUCAACAAAAAUUAAGACACGAAAUAAACGAUGUUUUGAACAAACACAACAACAAAUUAACAUAUGAAGCAAUGAUGGAUAUGCCUUACAUGGAAAAAGUGAUUCACGAAACUUUACGAAAAUACCCUCCCAUACCAGUUCUAACAAGAAAGUGCACCAAAGAUUACACUAUUCCUAACACUUCUAUUCAACUAAAUCGAGGUGUUUCAGUCUCUAUUCCCGUUUUGGCACUUCACAAUGAUCCUGAAUAUUAUCCAAAUCCCGAAAAAUUCGAUCCUGAUCGUUUCAGUGAAGAUAAUGUUAAGGCUAGACAUGGAUUCACAUGGCUUCCUUUUGGAGAAGGGCCACGAAUUUGUAUUGGUUUAAGAUUCGGACUAUUACAAAGUAAAGUUGGAUUGACCGCAAUUUUGAAACAUUAUGAAAUCAAAUUGAGCAAUAAAACGAAACUUCCGGUAAUAUUGAAUCCCCGAUCGUUUAUCACUUCAGCAAAAGAUAGCAUUUGGUUAGAUGUGAAAAAAAUAGAUUAA